GUUGAUUUUGGCGGGAAAUCGUUUAUUGAGAAAAAUUGUUCGUUAUUUUCUCAAAUUCUCAUUGUUCUGGUCCUUAUAUUUGUGUUUUUAAUUGUAUCGUUUUUUUAUUGUUAUUGUAAGAUUUAAAAUAGCAGGGUGAAUUAAAUUAUCAAAAUGGUUAAUGCACCAGGCAAGAACUACGUUUAUAAAAGGGAUGGACGAGCAGAACAAGUUCAUCUAGACAAAAUCACCUUCCGUAUUCAAAAAUUAUGUUACGGCUUAAACAUGGACUAUUUGGAUCCUGUUUCCAUUACAUUGAAAGUUGUAAAUGGCUUAUAUCCGGGAGUUACAACUGUAGAAUUAGAUACUUUAGCUGCGGAAACUGCAGCAAUGAUGACCACUCAACAUCCUGAUUAUGCGAUACUUGCAGCACGGAUUGCUGUAUCGAAUCUCCAUAAGGAGACUAAAAAACAAUUUAGUGAUGUAAUUGAUGAUCUUCACAAGGCUGUCAACACCAAAACCGGCCAAAAAACACCUCUUAUAUCUGACGAACAUCACGCCAUCAUAAUGAAAAACGCCAACCGUCUAAAUUCUUGCAUCAUUUAUGAUCGAGAUUUUUCCUAUGAUUAUUUUGCAUUUAAAAUUUUGGAACGCACUUGCUUAUUAAAAAUUAACGGAAAAACCGCAGAACGCCCCCAGCAUAUGUUAAUGCGAGUGGCGAUUGGCAUCCAUGGUGAAGAUUUAGAGAGUGCUGUUGAAACCUACAACUAUAUGUCUGAAAGAUAUUUCAUCCAUGCUAAAGCCACUCUUCUUUCCGCUGCCACUCCUGAACCAGAUCUGUGUUCUUCAUAUUCAAUUGCUAUGCCAGACGACAGUCUAGACGGGAUUUACGACUGCAUUAUGCAAUGCGCCAUCAUUGGCAAUAGUGGUGGCGGAGUUGGAGUUAACAUUCAGAAUAUUAGAGCCAGAGGAACUGAAAUAGCUGGUACUAAUGGAGUGUCCAAUGGGCUCAUACCCAUGUUAAGAGUUUUCAAUAAUUCGGCGUGUUAUGUUAGCCAAACUGAGUCUUCAGAAUCGCAAGCCAUUUAUCUAGAGCCUUGGCAUGCCGAUAUUAUGGAGUUUUUAAGCCUGAAAAAAGCAACAGGAAUGGAUGAAUACAGAGCUAGAGAUUUGAUGUACGCCUUGUGGGUUCCAGAUGUAUUCAUGCAACGUGUGAAAGAAAAUAAAAUGUGGUCUUUGAUGUGCCCGCAUCAAUCACAAGGUCUGCCUGAUUGCUGGGGCGAAGAAUUUGAGAAACUGUAUGAGAAAUAUGAAGCUGAAGGUAACUUUAUUCAACAAAUUCCAGCGCGAGAUGUUUGGCGUGCCAUCUGUAUAUCUCAAAUGGAAACUGGAACACCAUACAUACUAUACAAAGACGCUUGUAACAAAAAAAGUAACCAACAGAAUUUAGGUACCAUCAAAGGUGGAGGUUUAUGCACAGAAAUAAUUCAGUACACAUCACCGGAAGAAAUCGCCGUUUGCGCUAUGGCUUCCAUUGCAGUGAACAUGUUCGUCAAUAAUGAACGAAAUGAAUACGAUUUUGAAAAACUAAAACAAGUAGUAAAAGCGGUGGCAAAGAAUCUCAACAAAAUUAUCGACGUCAGUUUCUACCCUCUUCCUCAAGCCAAAGAAUCGAAUUUGCGUCAUCGACCAAUAGGAAUCGGUGUUCAAGGUUUAGCAGACACUUUCAUACUUUUACGUAUGCCGUAUGAUAGUGAAAAAGCUCGUUUGUUGAAUGUUCAAAUCUUUGAAACUAUUUACUAUGCCGCAUUGGAAGCUAGUUCUGAAAUGGCUGAAAAAGACGGCACCUACUCUACUUAUAAAGAGUCGCCAAUAAGCAAAGGAAUUCUUCAGUAUGAUAUGUGGAACGUUGAGCCUACCAGUUUAUGGGACUGGGUGGCUUUAAAACAAAGGAUUGCCAAACAUGGAGUUAGAAAUUCACUAUUAACAGCUGUGAUGCCAACCACACAAACUGCUCAUAUUCUCGGUAAUAACAAAUCCACUGAACCUUAUGCUUCUUAUAUUUACGCUAGACGUGUUACUUCUGGAGAAUUUCAAGUUGUAAACCAGCAUUUACUGAAAGACCUAUCAGAGAAAAACCUUUGGAGCGGCACAAUCAAAGAGCAAAUUAUCGCCAGUAACGGAUCUAUUCAAAAUAUUGCAGCAAUUCCUGAUGAUUUAAAAGCAAUUUACAAAACCGUAUGGGAGUUAUCUCAAAAAGUUGUGAUUAACAUGGCGGCCGACAGAGGUGCUUUUAUUGAUCAAAGUCAGUCUAUGAACAUCCACAUUCCUAUACCUAAUUACCAAGUUAUGAACUCUAUGCAUUUCUAUGGGUGGGAGAAGGGUUUGAAAACUGGAAUGCAUCUCCUGAAGACAAACUCAACGGCCAACUCUGCUCAGUCAAAGGUUGAUAAAACCACUGUGGUACUUUCUCACGAAAAUGGAGUGAGCAAUGGAAUUAAAGGUAAAAACAAAAGAACAAAGGAAGAAGAAGAGGCGGCACUGAUAUGUUCUUUACAAAAUCCUGGUGCCUGUGACAUGUGUAGCGCUUAGAAUAGUGUGUUUUCUUGUUCAUUUUAGAUUUAGGUUCCAAACCUGUAUUCUUAUAUUUUUAAAAAUAAAUCUUACUACGAAAUUCA